GUCUACAACAGACCCACGUUUGGAAAGUCUGUUUAAUAAUAUGAUCCUUUAAGAUAUUUUGUCUCAAUACAAUUGAAAGCAAUGCUAGUGUAUAAAAUUAGAACCGCGUUGCUAAGAGUGCAGGAAAAUUAGAUAGGUGUCAAAUACUGUAGCUAGCUAGAUACAUUUGAUAUUGUAUUGUAUUGUGAUAACCUUGAGAAAGUGUCCACCUAUCAUAAUUUUUACAUUUACAUUUACAUUUAAGUCAUUUAGCAGACGCUCUUAUCCAGAGCGACUUACAAAUUGGUGCAUUCACCUUUUUUUCUAAACCAAAACUUGGCACGGCAUUGGUCCUUGUCCACCUUCAUGGCCUAUGGCUAUGUUAUGCACCCCCUUAUAAUUAGCAGUAAUGACUAUAGAACAAUCACAUUUAUUAGUUUUUAACAGUGGUUCAUCGACACAGAGGGUUUCAAACCUCCAAUUUAACCUAUUUGAUCAUAGAGAACUCCAGUAACCACAAUUCCUGCUACUGUUUACAUCCCAUUCGUGACGUCAUUCAAGAAGCGACAAGAUAACCGCUGACAACUUUCUAACUGAAGACAGAUUUAUAAUUAUGGCUUUCACUUGAGUUUUGUUCUCAAUAAAUACUUUUGCGCGAUAUUGAUUGCUCGAUCAUAUGCGUGUGAAUGCUCAUCUUGCGAUUGGAGACCGACCAGCAAUAACGUGUUAUUUCAAAUUUCGCGCUGUACAGACCGCCAGACGAUAGGCUGGUAUUCAGGCUAGCUAAUCAACAGUGAAUUAGUUACCACUGCUAACUCGCUAGCUACCUAGAUCCAAACGUAUUAUAUCCCCAAUUCUGCUCAUUAAAAAAAUGCAAACGACCGACAUUGGAAACAAGGAGGAGGGAAAAGUAUGGCAUCGAAAACCAACACCAAGUAAUACUGGUGUCAUGGUCACAGUGAUUCGCAGUGCAGCUGCCUACCAGUCCAAAACAGUCCGCUUCCUUCAUGUCACCUUCGACACUACAGGGGACUCUUUCCUGGCUGGAGAUCACCAUGGGAAUAUUUAUGUCUUAGACAUCACCAGAAACAGGUUUAGACUUGUCCAGAAAACCGGUCAAGCAUGCACUGCCUUGGCCUUCAACUUGCGCAGAACAACGGAAUUCUUGGUUGCUCUUGCAGACUACUCCAUCAAGUGCUUUGACAAAGAUACGAAGCAGCUGGUGAGCUGGAUGCGGGGUCACGAGGGGGCGGUAUCCUCCGUGUCGGUCCAUGGCUCUGGCCGCUACGCCAUCAGUACAUCAGCUGACACGGCUCAGCUCUGGGACCUGGACACCUUCCAGAGGAAGAGGAAACUCAAUGUCCGCCAGUCUGUCGGCAUACAGAGGGUGUUCUUUCUUCCUCUGGGGAACACCAUCCUCAGCUGUUUCAACGAUGACUCCAUCUUUGCCUGGGAGAGUGACACGUUGUUCUGCAAAUACCAGCUGCCUGUUCCUGAUGAGGGACCCAGGAUACACUACAAGGCAUUUGCUGUCACACGUGAUGGGAAGAUUCUGGCUGCAGGGGGCAGAUCCAACCUUCUCCAUCUGUGGUGUCUGGACACCAGGCAGCUGCUUAGAGUGGUCCAGAUGCCUCCCAAGGUCCGCACUGUCAGACAGCUGGAGUUCCUACCAGACAGCUUCGAUGGUGGGGCCAGCCAGACUCUUGGGGUGCUGAGUCAGGAUGGUGUGAUGCGUUUCAUCAACAUCCAGACCUGCAAGCUGCUCUUCAACAUCGGAUCCCAUGAUGACGCCAUCACCUCAGCCACCGUCAGUCCCAACGGACGCCAUAUUGUCACGAUAAUGGACGACGGCAGCCUAAACAUCUACAGUGUUCAGUGUCUGACCCAGGACUACAACAAGCCUCCUCCGUCCCUGGUCAAAGUGGUGUCUGGUGGAGAGUGUUCUGCUCUGACAAUGAAGGUGAAGUCAGAAGGGGUCCAGCGGCCGGCCAAAAACCCUGGUCGACGGGUCAAGACCAAAGUCCUGAGGCCUCCAGCUGUCCCCAUGACAGAGGAUAAAGAGAAUGAACUGCCUGACGGUCUAAACAAGAAGAGACUUGUGACGUUACUGAAGGCAUUUGGAGAAUAUCCAGCUAAAUACAGGAUGUUUGUGUGGAGGUCCCUCCUGCGUCUACCAGAGAACCACGCAGCUUUCAGCAGUCUGACCGAUAAAGGCCUGCACUCUGCCUACCUCAGCAUCCAGGAGCGAUACCCCAUCAAGAGCCACAAACUGCAGCGGGGACUUCAACGAGUGUUGUCUGCACUAGCCCACUGGGCGGCCAUCUUUGGAGAGACAGACUACCUCCCUCUGAUGGCGUUUCCCUUCGUCAAGCUCUUCCAGAAUAACCCACUGCUCUGUUUUGAAGUGGUCGCCACCACUAUAGUGAACUGGUGCCAGCACUGGUUUGAAUACUUCCCCAACCCCCCUCUCAACGUACUGAGCAUGGCAGAGAAUGUUCUGGCUCACCAUGACAAGGAACUGCUGCAGCACCUCAUCGACUGUGGAGUCACCUCUCAGCUGUAUGUGUGGCCCCUGUUAGAGACUCUGUUCUCUGAGGUGCUGACCAGAGAUGAGUGGCUCAAACUGUUUGACAACGUCUUCUCUAACCAUCCUGCCUUCUUAUUGGUAUCUGUGGUCUCAUAUGUCACCUGCUGCCGUGCCCCACUACUGCUCUGCAGCCACAAAGAGGACUUUGAGUAUUUCUUCCACCACCGUAACAACCUGGAUGUCAGCUCCGUGAUAAAGGAGACCUACAGGCUGAUGGAGAGCACCCCAGCAGACAUCCACCCCAGGAACAUGCUGAAUGACUUUCAGCCUCUGACCAGGGGACAGUACCCUGUCUUCAACAAGUACCCCACCUACAUAGUGGAGUACCAGUCUCAGGAGAGAGAGAGGAUACGCCAACAGGAAGUGGACUACCUCAGAGAGAGGCAGGCGGUGCAGGAGCUGCGUGCGAAGGCUGUUCAGAGGCAGGCUGAGGACGAGGCCUGGUACACCCAGCAGGAGAUACUGCAGCAGGCUGAGGAGAAACGCAGGGACAUCCUACAGCAGGAGGAGAGCAAGCUGGCUGAACAGAGAAACAGGUUAACAGCCAUGAAGCGUGAGUUGAAGGUGAAGGAGCUCCAGCUUAUGGAUGCUGCCAGGAGACGCUUCCUGCAACAGCAGCAGGACCAGAGACUGACUGAACUACACAGACUGGACGAGCAGAUACACAGGAAGAUGAACACCAGAGACCAGGAGACGGCAGCAGCAGUACAGGAUAUACAAGUCAGACAGAUGGAGCUGGAAGCACAGAGACGGCUGUUUGAACAGCAACUGGCCAAGGAGCAGGUGCGUGUGACUCAGGAGGUCAGAGCAGAGGUGGAUACCAGGAGACACAGGUCAGAGGUCGAGGAGACCACCUUCCAACACCUCCUUAACAACGACACUGACGUCAGCCUGGGAACCAAGAAGUGGGAGGAGGUGGUGUCUCAGAAGGCCCAGCUAGAGGAGCAGAGGCAGGCUGCAGCCACAGCCGAGGCCAACAGGAGAGUCUUCCUCAGCCAGGAGGAAGAGGAGAACGAGCAGCACAGAGACAACCUCCGCAGGAGCCAGGACCACUCACUCAGUAAACAGUGGGAGAUGAGAGCCAGGUCUCCGUGCUCCACUAGUGGCCUGCUUCACAAUCCUGUUGCUUCUCCUGGUCCUCAUCAGUCUCAACAACGUCACAGUCCCAACAACAUCUGUCUAAACAACCAGUCCACCUCAGACGACUCCACUUGCUUCUCUCUGGACCGGGGUCGAGGGGAGCUGGACUGCAGAGAGAGGGAGUUGAUGCAGAACAUCAGAGAGCUGCGGCAGAAAAUGGCGGCCCGCGCCAAAAACUCCAACUCUACCGUCUCCCAGUAACCACGACGACACACAAACACACCUGCUGUGCCUUUUUGUUUUGCAUAUCUCGACUUGAAAAGGAAACUGAAAUGGUUUGUGGUUUUCUGCUCGUUUGUCCGUUUGAAAGAAGAUGCUGAUAUUAUUUGCCUUAACAAACAGCUGUCCUCUAACUACAACCCUGGUGUUGACUAGUUAAAGAGGGAUUCAAUGAAACCAUUCCAUGGUCUUAAUGAGAUUUGUAGCACAAUCCUCUCCUGUGUAUAUUUUGUUAUUUAAGUUGUUUUUAAGUAUUGUUGUAUCAACUCUGAGUCAUUAUCUCUGCCUUGUUGACUAGUUUCAGUCUUUGACAGACUAUACUCACCAGUCGUGCUCUGGUCUGAUGGUGACUAACCUCAGCAUAGAUAUUCAGGUCAUUCACCUUUUAAUAAAGCCUCAGCAAAU